AUGCAUUCACGCUCUACUAGACGACCAGAGGACUUGGGCGACUUCCUGCGCCGUGUACACAUGCCUCCUCGAAAACACGAUGCUGGAAUUAAUACCGAAGGCGCUCAUGAUGUGCUGCUCAACUUCGCGAUGGACACUAUCUCACGCAUAAUGAACCGUGAGAUGAAGGCGCUCGAUCCUCUCAUGCGUGCGCCCCAGGGGGAGAUCUCGGAGGAAAAGCUUUGCGGAAUCAGGCUCGAGCAAAUGGUGUCGAGUGUCUCUGCUGCGGCGCCGAAGACGAGGGCAUUGUUGCGCAAGGUAUCCUUCACGCCGAGGCAGGAGAAGGAGAACAAAAUCAAAUCACCGGAACCUAUACUUCUCAUGUCGGUCGCUAUGCUAUGCUAUUCGCGUUCGCACAAUCUCUGCAAGCUCCAGAAGAUGAUGACCAUGUACUUCCGGUCCUGCGGGCUUGCGACGAAGGGCUUCGACUUCCUCAAUUCGAUUGGAAUCUGCAUGAACCAGCGAUGGGUCUAUGCCGCUACCGAGCACCUCGUCGCAGUCGCGCAUGCCUCACUCAAGAAAGAUAUCGCGACGUACCCUUGGUUCGGCUCUCACGACAGAGCUUGUUCCUUGAUUCGGUCCCGAGUGCCCUCUGAGUCGUACCCGCGAGACUUGUGA